AUGAAAGAGUUUGUGUUGUCGGUGUCGUUAUUCACCAUCUCGUUAUUCACCGGAGGGAUAGGGCUUAUCCAGCUAUCGGAUAAGCUUAGGAUGGAGAUGAGACAUGCUUUUGUCACGCUCUUCCUCGGAUGCUUGUUUUGUCUUCCUACCAUCUUUGUGUGUCUUUCAUACGUCCAAGAUAGACAGGGAUCGCCAUGGUUCCUUUGUUUCAGUUGUCAGUCGACGCUUACUGUUGCUUUCCUUUCUAAUAUACACGGCCACAAGGUUAGAACUAAGUUACAUGACCACAAGAGGUAG